UUCCUCGAGCCCGUCAAUCCAGACGAGGUGCCGGGCUACACGGACGUCAUCAAGGAGCCCAUGGACUUUGCGAAGAUGGAGAAACGGCUGCACAGCGGCGCAUACAGGCGGCAGGACGAGUUCCAGCGCGAUCUCCUGCUCGUCACCGGCAACGCACAGACGUUCAACCAGCCGGGCAGCAUCUACUCCAACGAGGCAGCACGCCUCGAG